AUGCCUCCGUGUUACGGCGGUGAAACUAUAAUCGUGCUGUCCCUCUCGCGGUUCAGGCGAAGGCAUAUAAGGUGGGAUGUUGCGGUCUGUGCUUCAUCAGUCCCAAAUACACACCACGAGACCGCAAAGCGUGCAGGUUUAAGGUCGACCGUCGCCAUGGGACCUAACGCGAUCUACAUCGCCACGAUGUUGCUGAUAGUUGGCCUCGGCCAAGCGAAAACGUCCAGAAAGGAUCUGUCGAAAGCGAGCGCCCAGGCCGACGCCGUCGUCGAGUCUGCAAAUUUAAACGACGCGGAGGACCCUACCACGAAGAAAGAUAACGCGGGGGAGGAAGAUCGAUUGCCCAUUUUGCCACCGAUCAUUUUGCUGGACUUUGGGAACGACACGGACGAAAGCGUCGCGUCCGAGGAGAAGUCCAAGCGAACCGUGAACAGUGGCCUCGGUUACGGUCUCGAUAAGAACGCCCUGCAACCGAGGAGAUACAAUUACUAUUUUCCAGCUGGAAAAUCGGGAACCGCGGUGACCAUCGAGGAGUCGAUCAGCCCGUUUCUGCCCAAAACCAUCAUCGAGAAGGUUCAGCCCGUCAACCAGGGGGAGCAUUUCUUUUACGGGCCGCAACAGAACUCGUUCGUUUCACCGCCAGUUCAAAGUCAAGCUCAGGCACAACCGAACCUGCAGUACCUGAACUUCCAACAACCUGUCAGCUCUCAGCCGCCGUUUGGAUCGCGCACGAAGCCGCAGAAACCGUCGAACUACAAUUUCGGAUCGUACCAAAAGUACCUCCCUACGCCUAAACCGUCGGUCAGCUCGUUCGGGGCCCAGUAUUCGGGGUACAGAGGCAACGUGGCCCCGACUACCACGCAAUCGUCUUUCAUCCCGACGGAGAAUUCGCACACUGCAUCGUUCAACUACGUCACGCCGCGUCCGUUCCCCCAGAGACAGAACAUUCCAUCCAACGUAAACUCCCAGAACUUUGAAACCGUUGCACAAAGCGUCGAGUCGUCCACGAUCGCUCCCCCGAGCUACGACCCCCGUCUUCAGGGAUCAGGGCCCAGGUACACGCUGGAGAACGGAGUCCGUUACGAGAACAAAGUCUUCUGGAAGUACCCGGACGGUCGAGUCUCCGACGUUCCUCCGGCUACCUACGUGGAGUAUCCACAAUCUACUCAUCUGACGAAAUCCCAGCGACCCCAAUCGAUCUACGAAGCCACCACGGAGAGCAGCGUCCUCUCCCAGGGACCGGUGCAAUUCCCCACUGUUCCCGAGCAGAACGGACAGCAAGAGGCGAACCUGUUCGUCUCCUCGGAGUCGUUGUCCUCGAGCUUGCCUCAGCAGCAAGUGUACAGACUAGGUUAUCAGAACUUGCUGACACAGAGGCAGAACGCGAACCUGGCGCAACAACGGAAGCCCGCCAAUGGUUACUCCUUCUCGUCCGCGUAUUCCGGAAGAACUAAGCCGAGCCCCAGCAGUCAGAAACCUAACUACGACUCGCCAUACCGACAAAUCCCCUCCAGGUACGAGGCAAACAGCCCAAAUCCGGAGUACACCGACUCCUACGUGACGGAACCAACUGUCAACCACACGACACCCGUCACUAGCUUCUUCGGUUCGACGUCCAAGUAUAAUACAAAGGUGCAGAACUACUUGGACACGGUGCUAACAGCCGGCGAGGAGCCCAAGAAGCCGAGCAACAACGAUCUGAACAACUAUUCCAAUCUUCAGUACACCGAUCUGUUGAACUAUAACCCCUCCAUCUCGGAGUACAUCAGAAACCCGUCCUCCAUCCUGAACGUUCGACCGACUUUCGUGCAAGCUGGCAACUCGUUGAUCCCCGUCAUCAUCCUCAGAGUGGACGGGGCAUCUCCCAUUCAGACCAAGACCACGCAGAACAUCAAUUUGAAGGCUCUGCUUCAACAGUACUUGAUCCAGUACGCGAACAGCAUUCAAGAAUUGGCGCGACCCUCCACCUACGAUCUCGGAUCGGAAACCAUUGGCAAGGAUCAGAGCUCGGGGCUUGGUAAAAGUCCGGUGCUGGAUCUGAUUCGAUUGACGCAAGACGACGCCCGCGACGGACCCAGUUACGCUUCGACCACCUACGCCGGAAGAUCGAGUUACGAGGCCAGCAAUUUGGACGCUCCGACGGACUUCGCUGGCGGACAUUUUGGAGAACGCUCGACAACGCGGCAGAAAGUGAAGAACGUACAGAUAGUGGACGACCCGAGGUUCACGACCUACAAGGCAAAGAGCUAA